AUGCUCCGAAUAAUUAAAAGAAAGACAAUAGUUCUGUUUAUUUGGUACAUGUUAAUAUACAUAACACAACUAAAUGGGUUUAAACCCAUUGUUUCUGCUUCCAAUUGGGAAGGCGAGUAUACAUUAAAUAAUAGCACAAGUAAUAAUUAUUUCUUACAGCAAAGUUAUUCUAGCAACCAACCCGAAAAUGUGUCUGUGAAUAAUUUAAAAGAACCAUCUUAUGAUGAACAACCAAUAUAUGGAGAACAAGAAUAUAAUUCAUAUGAUAUUCUGGAUGAUUUUUUAAAUGCCAGUAAUGAUUUGCCAGAAGACUUAGAUAACAUACCAGUUUCAAAUCUAUUUGAUCCAAAUUAUACAAAUAAUUCCUAUAACAGCAGCUACUCUUUGUUAAAUAGUGAAUAUUCAAACAGUUCAUAUAUUGGUCAAGAUAGUUCUUUCAAUAAUACACUCUUCAGAAAUAACUGGGUUGAACCAGAAACACCACAUACAUUUGGCUCACCUUCUACAAGUAUAAAAUAUAACCCAGAGAAAGAAUAUACACUACUUGAAUUAAAUAGUACUAAUCUUGCUUGUAAUAAUAUACAACCCGAAAAUAUAUCUACAAAUCCAAUGCCAUAUUCUCCUCCUGCCUGCAGUGAAAACAAAAAAUUGUCUAGAAUCACCAAGAGUCUAGAAAGCACUCAAACAACAAGUACAUCUAUAGAUGGAAAACAAAAAAAUCAAAACUCUGAAAGUGCUAUAUCAUACAUUUCUAUAAAUAUAAAUUACAACACUGUUAAUGAAUUAAAGAAAAUCUCCUUUAUAACGUCAUCUAUUCGAAAUUCAGACGAGUAUAAAAGUAUUGUAACAGCUCUGCAUGAUUAUAAACUAAAGUAUCUAGAAGAUGUAAAAACCGAUGAAGAACAAGAGAAUCCAUCCAUUCUAUUAUAUUUUGAUUUUAUUAUAGAUAGUAAAUCAUAUACACCCGAAAUUGAUAACACAACCCGAAUUACUGAUCAAUAUAACAAUGUAUGGGCAUAUCUGUGUAUGUCUAAAAAAGAAACUAUAAAAGAAAGAAUUAGUUUUAUAUGGUGUCUAUGCAGGAAUCCCCAACAAGAAAUCAAAAUGUUCGAAAAUUGUAAUUUGUCCUACUAUCCAGGAAUUUUAAUAGAUUUAAAUAUCAAGUGUGCGUCUUUUUAUAAUAUUCCUAAAAAAUAUUCUAUACAAAACAAAUUGGUAGAACGCGAUGCAAGCACGAUUACACUUAGUGAUAUAUACGCUAAAAGAAAUAUAAAUAUUCUGUGGCAUGCAGAAAGUAUGUUAAUCUCUCAUAAUAAUCAGAUCUUACAGAGAUUUUCUAAUAAUAUCUUGCAAGAAGAUAUAGAAGACUGGAAUCUAAAACAGCAUUUGCUAUUAAUUCUAUGCAUUCCAGAAAUAUAUGAAGAUCUUUUUUAUAUGAAAUAUGAAGAUAUUGGUCUGCUAAAACAAAAAAUCUUGGUCAGCACUUUUAAUAAAAAAUAUGAAAACAUAUGGCGUCGAUUUUGUAUUAUAAAAUACUUAUAUGGAAAAGUUCAUAAUGACAAUAUAAUUAUGCGUAUCGCGUACAAAAACAUACUAAAUAUUAAAAUCAAAAAAUCUAUACGCAACUGUGAUGGUAUUAGUGUGUAUGAAACUGCAUUUAGCACAUUUGCUUUUUUCUAUAAGUAUUCCUUGCAUUUAUAUACAAAAAAUACAAAACUCGACACAGCUAGUCCUUCUUUUUUAGAUAUGAAUAAAAACAGCUGCCCGUAUAUGAGAAAAUAUACAAAGAUGCAUUUAUCUAACCAAAACCUAUAUCAAGGAAAGAAUGUUAUUUUAGCAAUUAAUACCAAAAUGCUGUUUCUGUCAUUUAAAUACAAUCGCACAGAGAAGAAAAGUAGAGUAUUGGAUAAAAUAAAAGAUAAAGAGACUAUCUAUGCAUAUAAUAGUAGGAAUUACGCGAUGCUGUCUUAUACACAGCACUAUCAUGUUCAGCUUGUAGAUAACAGUACACAUUGCAUGCAUGUUAUACAUCUUCCCUUUUUUGUAACUACAGAGAAUGGCACUAUAUCGUAUCACUAUAUACACACAAUUGAGGAAAUUGCAAAGUAUAUAAUAGACACAUUCUAUGCUGUAAUUAUAAAUAGCAAUAAAAACCCGCGCUAUACUAUAUAUCCAUUUAAAUACAGCAGAAAGGAUAAGACGUGGUCAAUGAUAACUAGGCCCGAGCCUAAAAAAGAUCAGAUUAAAAAAAGAAGACUUGAGAAUAGCGAUGAGAUAUGUGACAUGGACAAGACCGUAGAAGAGAUGCACAAUGAUGGAUUCAAUGUUGUAUUCUACUACAUGAAAAAGAAUAUAGAAAUUACUGAGUUUGUGUUUGCACAGUUUAACCCUAUUGAUGCAGAGACAAUUAAUGCUGCAUAUAGAGAAAACGAAGCAGAAGCAAAGAAGUUAUUUGAUGGGUAUGUGCCAAAUAAUGAUGCACCACGAAUCCCACUCUUUCUACCUAGACUAAUGACCUCUGCAGUGCAUUUUGGUCCAUAUGUUCUAAAGCCAGAAAAAUAUAAAAUUAUAUCCAACGAAGACUACCAAAACCCAAUUGCCGUUGAAUUUUUCAAUUGGCUGGAUGUUUUAGUCAAAAGAAAAGAUCUAAAACUUACAACUAUAGAACUACUUAAAAAGUUUAGACAUGAAAUAUACUAUUACAGCGAUUUCUACAUACUAGGUCUAAACACUCCAUAUGAAGACUGCGGCUGCUAUGGCAUGGAAUUUAAUCAAAAAGAAUUAAAAGAUGAUAUAAUAGAGAUGUCUUGGACCACGAAAAAACAACUUGGUAUAGGAGAGUACAAUAACUACAGCAUUAAUAUAAAAUCAAAGUCGCAAUUAUAUACUAAUAUGUCAGAUCUGGUGAGAGCUUCCCUGAUAUCUUCGUUCUUACAAAUAAUUCAAAGAAAGCAUGUGUCACAAGACAUGCUUCGUUAUGGAGUAUGCAUAUAUACAAAAAAAAAUAUGCCAAGCAAAAUCUUUACAGUCUCUUUACUAUGCUCAGAAAUGAAAACCCGCAUGGAAGGCUUGUUCUGUGAGGAUCAUGAAAUGCAUCAUAUGCUUAGCCCACGAUUAAAAGAAAACACUCAAUACUUAAACAAUUUCCAAGAUAUAGAUACUUUAGAUGUUUUAAAUAUUUCUAAACUAUACAUAACCAUAAAGGAAGUUAAUUAUACAAAGUCUAAACUCGGUUUGCACUAUACUAUCCUAAAUUCACUCUUUAAUAGCUAUUAA